AUGUGCCAGCAAACUUCAUCCCCUUCCUGUUGCAACUCUAAUUCAACCCAACAACAACACCCAGAUAUCUUCGAUCCUUUUCUUGUCCCUCAAACCAACAAGAAAUCCCAAAAGAUUAUAACACCAACUGUUGAUCAUCAUCAUCAUCAAUUUAAAACCAACAAAACUAGUUCUACCCAUCUUUCAUUGGCUUUCCAUGAAGCCAUUUCCAUUUCCAGAAUCGCAAUCCCCAUGAUCCUUACUGGUCUAUUGCUCUACUCUCGAUCAAUGGUCUCCAUGUUGUUCUUGGGCCAUCUUGGUGAGUUAGCACUUGCAGGUGGCUCUUUGGCUGUUGGAUUCGCCAACAUCACAGGAUACUCUGUGUUAUCUGGUUUAGCCAUGGGAAUGGAACCCAUUUGUGGGCAAGCUUUUGGGGCCAAACGACAUACCCUUCUUGGUCUCUGUUUACAAAGAACUGUUCUUUUAUUGCUUCUUGUUUCGUUCCCUAUUGCCCUUUUGUGGCUUAACAUGAAAAGUAUCUUGCUUUUUUGUGGCCAAGAUCAAGAAAUUGCACAACAGGCUCAAACUUAUCUUUUGUACUCUCUCCCUGAUCUUCUGGCUCAAUCUUUAUUACACCCAUUACGCAUUUACCUUCGUUCUCAAUCCAUAACUCUUCCUCUUACAUUCUGUGCAUCUCUUUCCAUCAUUCUUCAUAUACCCAUCAAUUAUUAUCUCGUAACCAAGCUUAAUUUAGGAAUCAAAGGCGUCGCGCUUAGCAGUGUAUGGACGAAUUUUAACCUCGUGGCUUCAUUGGUUGUUUACAUACUUGUUUCUGGGGUGUACAAGAAAACUUGGGGAGGAAUCUCGAGAGAAUGUCUCAAAGGAUGGAAAUCACUUUUGAAUUUGGCAGUUCCAAGUUGCAUCUCGGUUUGUCUCGAAUGGUGGUGGUACGAGAUCAUGAUCUUGCUGUGUGGUUUACUGGUAAACCCUAGAGCCACCGUGGCUUCAAUGGGGAUUUUGAUUCAAACCACGGCAUUAAUCUACAUAUUCCCAUCUUCUCUCAGCUUCAGUGUGUCAACUCGCGUAGGUAACGAGUUGGGUGCGGGUCGACCCGGAAAAGCGAAGUUGGCCGCCAUUGUCGGGCUGUCUUGUAGCUUUUUCUUGGGAUUUUCGGCUCUGUUCUUCGCCGCCAGCGUGAGGAACUUAUGGGCGACAAUGUUCACUCAAGAUAAAGAGAUCAUAGCAUUAACGUCAUUAGUUCUUCCUAUCAUCGGACUUUGCGAACUGGGAAAUUGUCCACAGACGACGGGGUGCGGGGUCUUGCGAGGGACGGCGAGACCCAAAAUCGGAGCGAAUAUCAACCUGGGAUGCUUUUAUCUGGUGGGUAUGCCGGUGGCGGUGGGUUUAGGAUUCUUCAUGGGUUUUGAUUUCGAAGGUUUAUGGAUGGGCAUGCUGGCGGCCCAGAUGUCGUGCGUGGUGACGAUGUUGGUGGUUUUGGGUCGGACGGACUGGGAGUUCCAAGCAGAAAGAGCGAAGGAACUAACAGACGGUGGUGGCGGCGGCGGCGGAGGCGACGUUACUGUAAAUAAUGUUGAAGAAAUCAAGGAAGAAGAGUACAAGUUAAUUAAAGCUGAAAACAAGGAGGAAGAAUCUCUGGGUUUUGGGGCUGAUUUAGUUUAAUGACUUUGAUCAAUUGAGGUCUGUAUAAUUUUCAUUUUUUAUUUAUUUUUAUUUUUAUUUUUAUUUUUAUUUUCAUUUUCAUUUUUAUUUUUGUAAUUUGGGUAUGUGUUGUAAAGUAUAUAGU